AUGGUAAAGAAGCAAAUAAUCCGUAAGAAGGCUAAGACUCAGAAAACCAAUGUAAAGAAACAGAAAGCAAUUUGGACCAUUGGUCAUAAUUUGACUUUAUGGUGUGGUCUGAUAUACAUGUUAAGUGAUGUUUAUGGUUGGAUAACCCUACUACGCUCUCGUUCAUGGAAAGCUUUACUAUGGACUUUCACCAGGACCCCAAUAGCGCCUACAAACUGGAUUUUUGGUUCAAUCCGUUACAUUCCCAAAGUGUGCUAUCGUUUAAGCUUAAUAGGAGUAUUAUGUUCACAUAGCGUAACAUCAUGGCAGAAUUGGUCCCAUUUGAACCCAACUGUUUAUGAUUUAUUGAGCACAGAUAAUUUCCAAAAUUUGCUAAUUGCAAUUGUCUGGCUUUUUACAGGAUCAUCUGUCUUCAAAUUGGUGCCCUUUAUUGCAACAAGCUAUUUGCAUCUAACCAAGAAGGCCACUGCAACUGAGCGCGAAGUCACCAAACAGAACAGAAGACUUCUACACUGCAUCGCAUACUCGGAAAUCUUUGUUUUACUUUCAUUGGUCCUCGACACGCUGCUCUUCAAGGGUAUCGCUGGCUUUACCCUUAUCUUCUAUGUGACAAUCUUCUGGUUGAAACUAAACUUCUCCCCAUACGUUCAAAACACAGCACUAUACGCUCUUAACAAGUUCGAUGGUGUUAUACCGGCCAGCCGCAAGAAGCAAUGGCAGUCAACCAAGGACUUCCUCAUCAAUAGUGCUCGCGAGAGAGAAGCCACCAGAGAAAAGGUAAGACUAAGACUAUAA